GGCGCGAAGGUUUUAUUUAAAACACAACGCUCAUUUUCGGUGCCGACCACCAAAGAACCGAAUAAUUCGAGCGCUAUCGAAGAACGUCAGGAGCGCGGCUCGCGUUCAUCUGUCUCAAAUGAGUCGAAUGUGCUGCUAGAUCCUGAAGUGCUCUCCGAUUUGUCCACCCAGGCAUUGGUGUUGACCGUUUUGGCCACAUUGGUGAAAUAUUCAACGGAUGAGAACGAGACGCGCGUGCUCUAUCAGUACCUAGCCGAGGGUUCGGUGGUUUUCCCCAAGGUUUUUCCAGUUAUCCAUUCUCUGCUGGAUCAGAAGAUCAAUAAUAUACUCUCUGUUUCACAUGAUCAAGUCGUUUUGAAUUCAGUACAAAGUAUCAUACAAAAUAUGCUGGCCAGCGAGGACCCCUCACAGCAGCAGUUACAUUUUCUGCAAAGUUGCGGUUUUGGUGGACUCUGGCGUUUCGCCGGACCCUUUACAAAGUACAACAUGAUGGGCGAAUCAUCUGAGUUAUUCGUUAACUGCUUGGAGGCUAUGGUAGAGACAUGUCUGCCGGGUGAUGAUGCAGUGCCGGUGCCACCAUCUCCACGUCCAUACAAUUUAAGUUCGAGCCUGAGCAGUCUGACUUUGGGCUCACCAACAGAUAAAGCAGCAUGAAUAACAACUAGCCAACGUCAACGCGGCAGACGUACAACACUUUUUGAACGGGUAUUUCGUUUUCUAAAUUUUUUCAAAAAAUGUUUUUAAGCCAAGAAGAGAUAAAUGGCGAGAAAUUGGAAAAGGACUUUUUAAAACUUUCGAAGCAAGCAAGGUGAAAAGAAAAGCAGUAAGUCGAACGGAAAAGGCUAAAUGCUAAGUGAAAUGAAUGUGAAGACGAAUACUGAAAGUAGAGGUAUGUUAUUAUAAAUGUAAUGAGGGGCGAUGUGAAGCGCUACGCAGGCGCGCCAUGAAUGUGCCAAGCAGUCGAAACAGACACACAUGUAUGUAUGUAUGUAUGUAUGUAUGUAUGUAUGUACAUAUGUAGUUGUACACAAAUGUGUGCAUGAUUGAUAACAAAUUAAAUGUAAGUGCGAAGGAUAUGCCUGUAUAUAAGUAUGUAUCUAUGUAUGUAGUAGGCGUAAGGAUAAAAGGACACCAGCAAACAAAGAAACUGAACAACCAACAACCAGCAUCGAAUUUAGCUGUAAUAUCACAACAAAAGUAAAAGCAAAAGUAAAACCAAAAUACAAGUAAAACAAAGCAAGUUAAAAAAUAAAAACAAAUACGAAGCCACAACUAAAUUAAUUUUGAAACCAAGUAUGUAUUAUAUUUACUUGUAUCUAUGUACGUGUUGGGUAAACACAAAAAAAAACAAGCAAAAGCAACAAAAAUAUGUGUAUAUUAGCGCAAGAUGUGCGUUCGUAUAUUGCGUGUAUGUUUGUAAAAUUGUUAUGUGUGUAUGUAUGUGCGUUUUUUUGCUUAGUAUGCGUUUAAUUUUUGCAUUAUUGCUGAUGCAUUUUUUUUUCAAUCUUUUCUUUUGGUUAUUUAACACUUAAGCUUGCAAAGUUACUAUCAAAUGUGAAAAAAAGUUACAAACGUAAGUUACUAACACACACUAACAAAAUCUUAAGCACCUUUAGUUAUUUAAAAAAAAAAAUCAAGCGAAUACAAUUUUCCAAUUGGAAGUCGGUUUUGUGAGUUGUGGGAUUCUGAGAUUUUUUUUUCAAAUUCAAAAGUGUAAGUUUGUCUUUAUAACCAAGAUCAGUUACAUAUAUCUAGGGAUGCAAUAUCGGUCAUAAAAUCAUCGAUAAUGGAGAUAUAAGCAACAAAAAAAUCUCGGCUGAUCGAUAUAUCGAUACCAUAUGAGUUUAAAAUCAAUGUUGGAGAAUUUUAUUUUAGUUAUGUCUAGGGGUGCAAUAUCGGUCAUAAAAUCUUCGAUAACGGUCAUAUCGAUUUUACCAACAAAAAAUAUCGGCUGAUCGAUAUAUACAUAUAUAAAGCAUGAAUAUCGGUUCAAAAUCAAUGUUGAGGAAAUUUAUUUAAAUGCAAUUUGCUAUAGGUAUACUAUGUAUGUAUGUAUGGGCAUAUGCAUCAAGAUGGUCCGUAUAUUAUAAUUGAUUUAACAUUUAAUUGUGCCACCUGAGCUUUUUAGUUAGUUUUCUAUGUAUUUUAUUUGAAGGAAAUGAGUUUUUCCUUAGAAUUCCCAUAAAAUUAUCAUUCAAAUUAUAUAUUUUUUUAUCAAAUAUAAUAUUUGUCUUCGAAAGUUUUCUAAAAUAAAAUUAUGACGCUUAUUAAAAAACAAACAAAAAAAAAAUACAAAUCUGUCGAGCCGUUCGUGUGUGUUGCGAUUACGAACACAUAAAAUCACUUGUUUUUAUCUUAUCGAUCAUAAAAAAAAUUCUUAGUAAAAUUUUACGAGUUAAAUGUUCAUCAUAACUUUUUUAACGAUUUUAUAGCAAUUUCAUUUAAAAUACUCGCAAAUGAAAACUUCAAAGCCCCGCCAGCAAAAUUGAAUAUAAGCUGAUUUUAAAGUAAAAUGGAUUUCCUGUGUAUUUUUCGACCACCUUAAUGGUACAUGGAUCGUCGAGAUUGUACGUGAAUUCAUAAGUUUCUACAAAUGCUCGUGAAGAUGCAUAUGUACUUAUUUCGCACAUACACUGGCGAUCAAAAGUAAGUGCAUGAUGAUUUUUGCUAAAUAUUUGCAAUGUUUUUCAAGUCGAAAUUUUUUUGUUAUUUUCUUUAAAAAAAUAUGGUUCAAGCUUUAUAGUCCAGUUACUCUUGACUUACAUAAGAAAUCGUCAAUGAUUACUCAACAUGUCCACUUAGCCAGAAGUGAAAAUAUUUUGUUUUUGUAUUUUCCUUCUCAGCUAAUGGUCAC